GUAUGAAGUGCGAAUGUGGACAUUCAUAGCCAAUCAGAGCCCAGCUAACUUCCUGUUUCCUGCGAUAAAUGCAACAACAUAAAGGAAGUCGUGCUGUCACUUCAUGGAAUUUUCAUGCAACCGCAGAAAUUCUCAAAAGUUUUCCCAAGUGUACCCCCGAAUGAAUAAAACAAAACCAACUGGUUGAAAAAUGGAUGCAAUGGAAAUGGACGACGGAUAUUUAAGUAAGAACUUCACGAUGGACGGACUGCUCACGCCAGUGAAUUCUCAAAGAAGGACGAAGUCGUGCAGAUGUGUGACUGUGUGCCUCAGUUUACUGUGUGCACUCCUGCUGGCUGGUAACAUUGGACAGUUUCUCCACUAUAAGCUAUUGCCCAACUUGGCUUCACAAGACCAGGCUAACGCUGACCGUCUGACUCAAGAGAAUCUCCAGAUUAAAAACGAAGUCUUUUCUACAGAGACAAACGAGCUAAAGGCUAGGUUGAAUAACCUCACAAGGGAUAAAGACCAGUUGAAGACCAGCUAUGAUUCUCUGGUGAAGGACCGAGACAAACUCCUCAGCAGCAAAAAGGCUCUGACGGUGGAAAGAGACGAGUUGGAAGCCGAUGUCAAGGGGCUACAAACCAACCACAGCCUACUGAACAGGGAGCACAAUGCGUUACAAAUCCAGAUUAGUGCGCUAAGGGCAAAGAACGGCCAAUUGCAGGCCAGUUACGAUUCUCUCAUUAAGGAGAAAGAGCUCCUUCAAACCGGCAAAAGCACUGCUGUUGCAGAAAGAGACAACUUAAAAUCCCGCUUAAACAAUCUAAAAAACGAAAAAGAUCGCUUACAAAGUGAUUUCUCUUCACUGAGGAAAACCAAGGACCAGUUACAGUCUAGUUACGACUCACUCGUUAUGGAGAAAGACUUGCUUCAAACUAGCAAAACCACUUUGGCUGCCGAGAGAGAUGACUUCAGGUCCCGCUUCAGCCAGCUCCAAAACAGGAAAGACCUCUUACAGCACAAUUAUACUUCCUUAAGAAGUAACAACAACCAGUUACAGGCCAGCUACAGUUCCCUGGUUAAGGAGAAAGAGCUCCUUCAAACCAACAACAGCGCUGUCGCUGCAGAAAGAGAUGACCUCCAGUCCCGCUUCAACAAUCUCAAAAUCGAGAACGACCAUUUACAACGCAAUUACUCUUCACUGGUGAGGACCAAGGACCAGUUACAGUUCAGUUACGACUCUCUCGUUAAGGAGAAAGACCUCCUUCAAACCAGUAAAAACACUUUGGCUGCUGAGAGAGAUGACUUCAAGUCUCGCUUCAACAAUCUCAAAAACGACAGAGACCUGCUACAGCACAACUACACCUUGUUAGAGGCCGACAAGCAGAAACUGGAAAGAAAGUACACAGAUCAGUUGAAGACCGAUGAAGGCUUGUGUCAGAUCCGGAACAAGCUGCAGCAAAGACUAUACACACAAUUACAAACCAAUUACAACACGAUGCUGCUUGGAUACGAGGAGUUGGAAAACAAUCAAAGCAGUCUGCUGACAGAACGGCAUGAGAUGCAGAAGAACAUUGACAAGAUGACUACCAAACUGAGCGGCAUGCAAUGUAGGGACGGCUGGAGGAAGUUUGGAAACAGCUGCUACUACGUCUCAAGAACGACUAAGAACUGGAGGGAAAGCAGGAAAGACUGCAUCCGCAAGGGAGCAGACCUAGUUGUUAUAAACAGCAGGGAAGAACAGGCAUUCGUUAAGGGUUUAGUGGGGCAUGGCCAACACGCGUGGAUCGGACUGACUGACAGCUUGACGGAGGGGACGUGGACGUGGGUGGACGGGACUCCUGUCACCAUAGCCUACUGGCAGUCCGGGCAACCCAACGACUUCCGGAACCAGGACUGUGGGGAAAUCCAGAGCAAAAUCUUCAGUGUUUCUGGAGUCUGGAACGAUGACAGCUGUGUUGUUGAUCAAUACUGGAUUUGUGAGAAUUGAGUUUUUACCAUGCGUGGCUUUGGACCGAACCCGUCACGCUGAAUGAAUACAUGCUGAUCUUGGUUGAAGAAAAUAAUUUAAAAGACUGCAAAAUGUUUAAAGUUAUCUUCAUUUUUAAAAAAAUUGAAAAUGAAAUAAAUUUCCUUUUUUCCCAUAAUUCA